AUGAUGGCAAAUAAAUGUUUCGAGCCCGGAUGUGUGAAUGAGGUUGAAUAUGCAUGCAAAUGCUCUUCUCCUGAGACUUUAUUGUGCGGAGAGCAUAUUGGGGAGCAUGCAAACUUGCCUCAUAAAGCCCAUAAUCUUGAAUCAAUUUUUAUGCAGCCUUGUGAAGGGACAAAAGAAGCAAUUCUUGAAUACCUUACAAAAGAAGAUUCAAAAUGUAGCGAGUUGAGAAGAAAAAUUAUAGAUUCCUUUAGCCAGCGUCUUUCCAAUUCAGAAAAAGAUUUAGAUUUCACAAGAAAGUUGGAUUGUUACUUAGAUGAAAUAAAUGAUUUCUUUGCAAAGAUUUCCCAAGUUUCAAAAUUAUUAAAGUCAGAACAAGAUCCAAUUUUAGGAUUAUUGAGUUUAUAUCCCCAAGAAGCUAUUGAGAAAGUAAAAUUGAUGACCAUAGCCAACAGAGAUUGGUAUAACGGUGCAAAGUUGUUUUGCAUAUUCAAUCAAAAGUUAGAGAGUCUAAAUAGAUCCUUCUUUACAGAAAUAUGUGGGGCAUAUUUAGAAAACAGGAAUAUGCAAAAUACUCCUGAUAUGCAUAAUAAAACUAAUAAGCCUGCAAGUAUAGAGCCAGCAAACGUUAAGGAUUCGAUUUCCUUGAUCAUAAAUGAGAACAGUGAGAGCUCAAAAGGGCCUGAAAACGUAAGCAAGCCAAUAAAACUAACCCUAGAAAACGAGACAAGCUUGCUUAAUUCUCAAAUAAGUACUGCUUCUAACGAUCUCAAUAAUAAAUCUAAGGAAACAGAAUGCGCUUUAAAAGUUAUAGAGACCUUAAGAAAUAAAACAGCUGAGAUUUUGAGUAAACCAAACAAUCCAGAAUUAGAGAUAGAUUUCAGAACAACUUGCUCAGCAAUUCAGACCAGUUCUAGUCUUUAUGAUCCACCACUAAUGAAAGCUUACCAAGAGUAUCUUAAAGCUUAUCAACAAAAGGCAUCUCUUUAUAAUGUUACAGAAGGUGAUAAUAAUGACAGAACUAAUUUAAUUAUCUAUAACACUGAAACUGAAACUGAAGAAAUCAAAAUCUUGGAGACUCCAGAACCAUUAGAUUCAGACACUUGCAUAGCUCAGCUUCCAAAUGGCAAGCUAUUCUGUUAUAGUAAUAAUCUACAUUCGGGAAUUUCAGUGCUAAUUGAUGUGAAUGGUGGGGUCGAAGUGCUGCCAUCAGGAACUCCUUGGGAAUGGUCAUCAUGCAUCUAUUUCAACAACAGCGUCUAUUGCUUUGGAGGAAAUGAUGAAGAUUAUUUACCUCAAUCUAGUAAAUUUGAUUUGGACCAAAAUCGAUGAAUUCAAUUAACUACAAUGCCAAAAGCUGAUUAUUAUUGAUAUAGCAUAAUAUUUAAUGGAAAUAUUUUGAUAGCUGGAUAUGAAGAUGCAAAUCUUUUGUUAUACUCAAUCGAUAUUGACUCUUUCUCUAUAAUUCCUUAUGAAUUUGAAGAGGAGAAAAUAAAGAUUCUGAUAUAGUUAACUACACUGACUGGCACGUGGUGCUUUUGGCUCGAAACUGAGCCAAAAGCACCCCGUGCCAGUCAGUGUAGUUCACUAUAAAUGCAGAGAGACUAUAUUUGAUUGAAUGCGAUAAUGGAUCAAUCUAUAAAAGUGAAAUUGGAAGUUACUCGAAUUGGAGAUGAAUAGGAAAAUCAAAAAUGGAUUGCGAUCCUGAACAAGUGUAUUGCUCUUAUAAUAAAGGAGGAAUAUACAUCUCAUCUAUUUCUGAAAAUGUUAGAGAAUAUUAUAUUUUUAAUUUAAAUGAAAUAAUCACUACUGAUGUUGCUUACUGUAAUAAGCAUAUCUCACUUAGAAGAGUAGGUAAAAAGAUUGAAGUAAUAAGAUGCAAUGACCAGAAUUUUAAGCUUGACUCUUAUUUUCUCGAUGAAAAUAGCGUAAAAGAUACUGCUCUAAAAUAUAUAGGAAAAAAGCUAGAAGCAAUCGAACAAUAUGACAAAAAAAUCAAACUCAAUCCAAACAAUGCUGAUUUUUACAAUGAAAAAGGCAACGACCUUUAUGAUUUAAAAAGAUACUUACUCCCCCCCAUCCUUGAUCGAACGAUUCACUGUAAAAAAUUCCUAAAAUUGGAAAAAAUUAAACCUCAUCCUUGAUCAAACGAUUUUCAUAUCAUGCAAAUUUUUAUAUAUAUAAAAAUAUAUUAGCUAUCAUUAGUUUUAUUUUAUGGAAAAUAAGUAUGUUCAAUAUAUACAGAGGGCGUCUAAUGAAGUUGUUUUCAGAGCUUUGAGAUUACAGAAAAGCUAGGGAAUCAAUCAUCUGAAGUGUUUUAGUCAUCAACCUGGGCUUAAAAACUCAAUAAUCUAUAAAAUAGAGAUUCUUUAAAAUUUAAAAUUUUUAUUUCAAUACGGAACAAAUUUACAGUUUAAAGGGGUAACUAAAAAAUUAAAAUAUUAAAAAUUGGUAUUGUUAUGAAAUUAAUUCAUUUUUUUGCUGUAAAAAUAAUUAUUAAAUACUCUUAACCCUCUUAUUUAAAGUAUCGUUAGUUGCUUCAAUAGCAACUAACGAUAUAUAAAAGAAAACAUAUAUUUUCUAUUUUUAUAUAUAAUUUUUUUCCCCAAAAAAAUUUUUUUAACCCUCAUCCUUGACGAACGAUGGCGAGCCGUUCUAUCAAGGAUGGGGGGUGGGGAGUUAGAAGCAAUCGAGUGCUAUAACGAAGUAAUCAAACUCUUUCCAAACAAUUUUUAUUUAUACAAAAAAAAAAGCAAUGCUUUUGAGAAUUUAGAAAAAUAUCUAGAAGCAAUCGAAUGCUAUGAUGAAGCAAUCAAACUCUUUCCAAACAAUUCUGAUUUAUUCUAUAAAAAAGGCAACUCUUUUAAGAAAUUAGAAAGAUAUCUAGAAGCAAUCGAUUGCUAUGAUGAAGCAAUUAAGCUCAAUCCAAAUGAUGCUGAUUUUUACUGGAUGAAAGGAUAUGCUUUAAAUGAAUUAGGAAGAUAUACAGAAGCAGUAGAAAACUAUGAUAAAGCAAUCAGAAUCAAUCAAGAUAAUGACAAAUUUUUUAAUGGUAAAGGCAAUGCUCUUUAUGCUUUAGAGAGAUAUCAAGAAGCAAUACAAUGUUAUGAUGAGGCAAUCGAACUUGAUCCCAAUAAUCCUUUGUAUUUCUGCAACAGAGCUAGAGUAUUUAAUAAUCUCAGACAAGAAGAAGCAGCUUUGCAGGACCUUAAUAGGGCUUAUAAUUUGAAGCAAGAAAAUCAAGAAGGUGGUGUUUUCACUAAGAAUGAAUGAAACCUUUCUGAUGAGGAAAUCAAUUUUAUUAACGACGCAUUAGGCCGAGACCGUAUUGAACUACUCCAAAAAAUGCAGAUUUAG